AUAUUAUUAAAUUGAUAUAACUUUCCAAAAGUGGAAUGCUCAUAUUUUUGUUGGACUGACGAAAAUGGAAACUGCAUAUAUUUUUAUGGGACGGAAGGAGUAUAUACCUUCCAGUUUCCUGUAGUAAAGGUGUUGAUGGGGAAAUAUGAAGGUAUAGUAGGCUUCAUCUUAGCCUUAUCAUGGUGAGAUCCCACAAUAUCCACAUUGUCUUCUUCUUCUAUUGAGCAAACAGUCGCUUCUCACCAUUCGCAAUCCCAGGGGCAGCAAGUUUGGGUCCUAUAAACAAAAACCAAUUAUAAGUCAACGUAAAAUUUGGUUGGUUUUUUAGCUUAUUAAACAAAUUAAGACCUUUUUCCUAUAUAAUCGGUGCCAUUAAAUUAGUCAACUUUUAUUCUAUUCUAAAAAGGAUGUUACCACACAUCACACUAAUAAAUGACGUAGAUAUCAUAACUCUUUCGCAUUAAAAUUACUCGUGUCGUCCCUAAAUUGCUAUCAUUAGAGGACGGAUGAAGUGUUAAUUAUUUAAAUUAACAAAACAAGAAAUUGAACUAGAAUUCACCGUUAAUUCAAUUCCAAACGUUAUCACAAUUCCAAUUGUAUGGUACUAGACUAACCCAAAAAUCAAAUUCAAACAACAGUUGUAGAUUAUCAUAAUAUGAUUUCGAUUUUCGACUUAGGGUGUGAAAUCACACAUUAUAUAAAUUCCUUUAUCAACUUCAGAUUCAGGGAGAUAAUUAUUGAAAAAUAAUGAUUCAUUUCCCUAAACUCACACACACUCGCGCGUGUGUAUAUAUAUACAUAUAUAAAUAUAGAGAGAGAUUAGAGAGAGAGAAACCAUCAGAUUAUUAAGGAGACAAGUGCGUUGAGAGUCAUCCAUACGAAGUUUGCGAUUGUAUGCGUAAAUUGGUGCUCGAUUUGGCCUUUGGGUUACUAGAUUUUUGAGAGAGAGAGAAAGAAAAGAGAUCGUUUAAUUGUUUGAUAACAUAAAUAUAAAUAAACCAAAUUUUCAUCAUUGUUCAAUAUAUUUUCAGUUGUUUGCAGUUUAUGUACGAGUAACUAAGAUGUUUGUAGGAGAUAAACUCGGUCUGCAGAAUCUCACCAUCAUAAGGAUAAGACGACGGCUUCCAAAUCCCGAAUCCACUACCUUUAUUGUAGGAAACUGGAAGAGGGAUUCUAACCUCAAAGGUGACUUGACAGCCAAAUUCUACUAUGGCAUGAAGAAGUUGGUGUGGGAGUUUCUCCUCAAUGGGCCUUUGAAGACCAAAAUGGAAGUUUGUUGGUCUGAUAUCACUGCUAUUGAGGCUGUUAUAAACCCUAAUCAACCCGGAUUUCUUCGAAUUGAGUUGGCUAAGCCUCCUCUCUUCUUCCGAGAAAUCCCUCCUCAACCGCGAAAGCGUACUACUUGGGAGCCGGCUGAUGAUUUCACUAAUGGUCAAGCCCAACUUUGCCGGAAGCAUGAAGCUACGUUCCCACCUGGAGCGCUUGAUAAGCACUAUGAGAAGCUUCUGAUAAGCGAUGGGCGUCUGGUUGAGCUCAGUCGCAUGCCCUUCCCGACCAAUGAAUCUGUUUUUCCCUUGCAACAGAUCCCACAACAGCAGCUCUCCUCAUCGGUUUUGCCAUUACAACACAUCCCAAAACUACAGUUUCACCAUUCUCUAAAUUCUAACAUCAUAGCAGCAUCAGGUAUAGUAACCAUCUACAUACAUAUAUUACUAGUAGUUUAUAGCUAUUUCUACUGUUAUUAUACUAAUCCCAACUAUAUAUAUUCUCUUGUAGCAUCAAGCAAUGGUGUCAAGGGGAAUGAAAUGAACAACGAGCCAACAUUUGUCGAUUCAUCAAGACAGAACCACCCUCUUGAUCUUGAUCAACAACUUUACCAAUACAAUGAUAUGGCUAUCAACAGUAAGCCAACAUUUGUGGCCUCAUCGAGUCAUAAACCCGUUGCUGUUCCUGCCUCAACAUUUGUUGAACCAUCAAGACAGAACCACCCUCUUGUCGUUCCUGAACAACGACUUUAUCAACACAAUUAGCAAACAUUUGUGUUGUGUGCCAAUCGAGUCAGAACCCUGUUGUUCCUGCUCAACAUAUGUCGACCAAUCAUCAAGUCAGAACUCCUCUGUUGUUACUGAUCAGCACCUAUAUGAACGCAACGAUACGUUUGUCCCCUUCAUUCCUCCUCCGAGUGGCUGCCGACCAAAAUUCCAUCAUGGCAUAAUUGAAGCCCAAUAUUUGGUGCAAAAUGGUGCAGAUGCUGGUGAGCAGGCCUUGGCUGAGGCAACAAUAAUGGAGGCAAAUGCAACGUGUGAUAAUUUCGCAUGGUCGGCGAUCGAACUAUUUUAUAUGCCAAGUCAGGAAGUUCGUUGCAAUGAGCCAGUUGAAGGUGGUAACGAAGCUUCAUCUAUUUCUCCUGCUCCACCAUCAAAAAGCCAUGAACAUGAAGAGUAGUUUUGGUUUCUUAAUUCUUAUAGAUGAAGAAGAAUUGUACAAAGUACAAACAUUACAGGAACUAAAACUGAUUCCAAGUUUGGUUCUUUUUAAAUUUGAUCUUGUUUCAAGUUUGAAGAUCUUUUGCUUUCUGUUUUUGGCCUUCA